UUUGAUUUUUAUUUUGAUCUAUCUUGAAUUGCGUGACACUGAAAACCAGCAAUUGAGGAUGCGAAAACUUGGGCGCGGCGCGAGAGAUCUCGCCGAUCAAACUCGGUCCAGGCCACUGUCACUGAACACACUUAAUGAGUUGUCUCAGAGCGAGGCUCCGUCACAGGUAUUCCGUUGUAACGCACCUUGGGUCAAUAACCAACCUCAAAGCGAGAUUAUAGUUUAGCCAUUUGACUGAAUCUGACCGAACUGUGAGGAGAAAAAGCUGUGCAAUGGCAGAUGAUCAUCAUCAAACGACUGCGUCAAUUAAAGAUGUUCAGGUCACUGUUGAUGACGAUCUGGAAAUGCAUAGCGUCACCAAGCCUCCUCUGACUAAUGACGACACUUCUCAUGAAAAGCUACACGAGAGAGGUAAAGAUGGAUACGCUAAAGAUAACAAAGGUUUUGAGGAAAAGGAAGAAGAAUCCUCUGACAGAGAAGAAGAAUCAAGACGACAUCAUGACACGUUCGUUAUGGACAACAGAGGUUUUGAACUUGAUGAUAAUGAUAGGGAGCACAAUGAAGAGUAUCUGAUGAAAAAGCUACUAUCCAAGAAGAACUCCUUUGACGCUAUUGAGAAGAAAAUCACUCCAAAGACUCUUACAAAGUGUGUCUCAAAUUCCUUGUUGAUGGGGAUGAAGGUAAAUUACCGUCUUCGUAGCUUGGCAAAAUGUAAAGGAUCCGAGGGAGAGAUGUUCAAUAAGCUUGCUAACUCUGUGGAGGACUUUACUACUCGCCUGCUAGAUCCAAUGCAAUCUGAUCAGUUACAGCGAGAGGGCUUCGGUUAUUUUAUUCUUGAUGAUAUCUUGGACGAAGCCAUUGACUUGAAACAGAAAAAGUUUUUUACUCAUCCAGUUGUUCAUUCGGAGAUGACUCGUAAAUGGCGUGGUCGCUUCUUAAUGAAGAAAGACCUUGGAAAGUGGACAUGGUUCUUUUUACACAUUUGGUGUCUGUUUGACAUGGUUUUCGCACCAAUCACAUUUUACAUUGUGUCAUAUUUAGAAGUGUAUUCUCUUUUUGCAGCUUAUUACCUGAAAUACUUGAAAACACCUUACUUCAUAUUUGUACGGGACGCAUUGAGCUACUUGGCUCUUGUUGUUCUACACUACGCUUUCUGCCUGACGCCAUCAAGGCUAGCGUUCAGCGGAUUAGAGUGGAGCAUACUUAUAUUCUUCAUGGGUCGUUCUCUUGUGGAAUAUCGACAGAUACGACUUACCGUUAACCGCAUUAAAGAAAGAAGGAAGAGUGGAAAGGACGAAACUAAUUCAAAUGUUCUGCGGAAAGCACUAUGCAGCUACAUCAGCGACCGCUGGAACAGGUUGGACGUAUUCAGUGUUCUAACUUACUUGGUAAUAUUCGUGCUGAGACUUACGACCUGGAUCACAUCUGAAUCGGUCAAAACCAACCGAGCUGUGCUUGUCGCCGGUUACCUGUACAGUUUCAACACCUUAUGCCUUACUCUGAGAAUUAGUCACGUGAUAGAAACGUUCAAAGGCCUUGGAACAAUCCAGAUUGCUCUGUUUAACGUUCUACAGGAUGUUUUUACGAUAGUUUGGCAGUUUAUAGCAGCUGUGUUGGCAUUUUCCGUUGCCAUAACUAAAAUAUAUAUGGCAGAAAAAUCCUUCCAUGCAAGUGCAAGUAAUCAACAAAACCUUGCCUGUAAGACAUCUGGAGUAUUAUGUUGGUGGGAGAUUCUCACACAUCUCAGCUGGUCUCUUCUGGAGAUAGAACAAGAAUUCAAUCCUUUAAACUCUGUUGAUACUCCUUCAGAAACUAUUGCUAAGCUGUUCUACGCUGUCUUUCUCUUCAUUGCAGUCAUUCUUCUUGUAAACAUGUUGAUAGCCUUGUUAUCCCACACUUAUCAGCGAGUAAAAGACAACUCGCUGAAGGAGUGGUCGUACAAAAAAGCUGUUACUAUUCAGACGUAUGAAUCCUACAAUCCAAUCCAUGCACCUCUUAAUAUAGUAUCAGAGUUUUUCUUGUUGCACUGGUGGAGUGAGAAGAAGAAAAGAAGAGAAAGAAGAGGAAGAAGAGCAAGCCACCAACCCCAUGCCGCGAGGGUCAAACUGUCGAAGACACUUUUUCAACAUCUUGAGGCAAAAUACUUUGCAAAGCACGGGAAUUUGUUCCCAGUGACAGAUGAAAAGAAACUGGACGAAGUAUAUCAGGAAACAGAGAAAAACAGACAAAUGCUCAGUCAGAUUCUUCUCAGAACAGUCAACAAUCAGAGCUUCGAUAUUACUUCACGGAGAAUUAACCCACAGGCAUGGGACAUUGUAACAGGUAUCAAUGUACACGGCAAUGUUUUGACUUGUGAAGGAGUUGAAGAUUACAAAACUGAGGCUGAUCCAGAUAAAUGGGUGUUUGGUGCAAGAUAUACUCAUCGUUUGUGCCCGGAAUUUCCUCAUUUUGAGGUUUUGAUCUUAGAAGCAGGAAUAAUGAGACGGCUAGGAAUCGGAGUAGUGAUGGAAUCUUAUAGCAAGUCUUUAAUGCCUGGCUGGCGGGAUGGAACUGUAGGAUAUCAUAUUGAUCAUGGAAAAGUCUUCGAUGGGAGUCCCACGGGCAAAGAAACAAAAGGGUAUGCUAUGGCUUUCCGGGGAGAUUUGAUUCGUUGCACAGUGGUGUUUAAACAUGCAAAGAAAAUCAGCAAUACAAAGGUACGAGUUCCAGUGGUGUUCACACUGAACGACAAGAGGAUAACUCCCGAAGGACAAGGAGGUGAACUUUUUACCUAUUACAACCCUAAUGGUCAAGGACUCUUCCCAUACAUUGGCAUGAUGGAUAAAGGAUGCUCCGUGUUGGCUAAGAUGAGUGGGCAGCAAGAGGAAAAAGGUUAUCAAAAUUUGGACACUAGCUUAAAGAACAUCUACCAAGAACACCAAAAUCUGAAAACUACUCUUGCAGAUGUUUGCCAAGAAGUUAAACAAAUGAAGGAAUGCCUAGAGGAAAAUAACAAGACACUUAAAGCUCUGUUGGCCAGGUUGAAUGGUACCGAAGAUACUCCAUUGUGAACUUAAGUCCCCUAGAAUGCUACAGUGAUUACGACUCCUCGUGACAGGACCAAGUUAAAAACUAGUCAAAUUAUUAAUCAGAACUUUUUUUUAUCAGGAGAAUAUGUUUAGUGUGCAUAUAUUACAACACUAUUCUCGAUGAUUCGUCGUAGGGUUACAUUGUGAACCUUAGUCGCGUAUAAUGCUAUAAAGAUUGCGUUUCCUAGUGUCAGGACCAAGUUUAAUUAGUCAAAUUACUAAUCGGAACUUUUCUAUCAGGAGAAUGUGUUUACUGUGCAUAUAUUACAACACUAUUGUCACCGACUCCUCGUGGGCAAAAUGUCAAUCAAAGGAAGUUUAAUGCUGGAAAAACAAAUUGGCGCGGCUGUUAUAUGAAGGAUCAUUUUUUAAUUGAGUUUUAUUUUGAAAUGUUCGGUUUUAGGCAUUUUGCUUGCAAUGACAUUUUCAAUACAAUUAUGAUUAAGAUAUUUACACUACAGGAGAUUUUAAGGUAACAUUUUUCCCAGUUUAUCUUUUGCAAUGAAAUUUUCAGAUUAAAUGAAAUAGAUUUAUUACUUCAGCUCAAACAUUUGACCUCUCGAUCUGGUAUUUGGUAGAAAGUUUUCGGUCACUUGAUUUGCAACUGAAAAUGCUGAAUGAACCAUGUCACUCUUUGGUUUGUUUUUAACGUGGAAAAUAUUAUUUUCCAAGUUGCGGUGGUGUAACGAUUUCACUCCAUCACUCCUUCACUUUUUCACAUUUUCGCACGAACGUUUAUGUGAGAUUAUGCGAUUAUUGCAUAAUCCCAUAUAGUCGUCGAUUAUAUUUUGAGGAAGUUUGAGGAAGUGAUGAGACCUGAGAAUCUCUCCCCCAAUGAGAGU